AUGCCUCUAGUUAGAGCAGCCACGGAGGUACUUAAAAAUUAAAUUGACAACCCUUUAAACUUUUUUAAGGCUAAUUUUGAAAAUAUCCGUUGUCGCUGUGUCUGCCCAAGUACUAUGUACUUUUCGGACGCUGAAAAUUCUACUGACGAUGCGGAAAGUAACCAUCGAAGGUACUACACGAAAACAAAUCUGGAACCUGGACUCUGGUGAGUUUUUUUUCCAUGUUUAUUUAAUCUUCUACCUGAAAAGUUGUUUUCAGUAAUCCGCAAACGGUAGUUCGAAGUGAGGUGACAAGGUAUGUCGAUAAUACGCAUAUGGAUGCAUUUUUGGCAAACUGUGACUGCCGGAGUGAAUCUCGCAACACGGUUUUAUUGAAGGUUUCUUUUUCAAUUGUCUUUGAAUUUUUCUCUUUAUUUCGCAUUUAAAGGUCGUCGUGAUAUUUGUUAUAUGUGUGAUUGCCGUUUUGACCGGUUACAUGACUUUCCUAAUGUGUUUGGAUCCGAUGUUGCGGAAAAAGAGAUUCGCGGCGCCUUAUCGUCAACAGACCGAAGAGGUUUGCUUGGUUUUGAAAUUUUAUUUCUAAAAAAUUUUCAAGAUGGAAAAUAACAUUUUUGCGGCGCCAUCGCAAGUGCCUAGCGAGGUCAACAUUAUCGAUAGUUCGGUGAUGGAUCCCGAAGGGACCACUAGAGCAAGAAACACUGCAAGUAUGCUUUUCUAUAUUUAUUGACAGAAAUGGAACUUCACCGUUGAGUUUUCACGUUGAUUAUCGAUUUACAGACGUCCUCGGGCGCGUGGAAGCAGAGCAAAAUCGUUGGAUGCGGAAAGUUGAAGAACAGCGCAGAAAUAUAUUCGAAGAUCACACGAUGCUCAACUGA